CGCCUCCCGCGGGCGCGCAUCUGCUCCGCUCCGCUCUCCCGGGAGAUCCGCGGACACCCCUCCCGCCGGCACCGAGCCGGGACCGAGCCGGGACCGAGCCGGGCCGGGCCAUGGCCCCGCCGGGUCCCGGGGCGCUGCGCUGCGCGCUCCUGUGCGCGCUGCUCUGCGCGCACGGACCCGCUCCCACCCGCGCAGGAGAGUGUGGCAAGCUGAGGUCCUGCGAGAUGUGCACAGCCAGCGGCCACUCCCACAACGGCACCGACUGCGUCUGGGUGGGCUGCGGGACCCCCGAGGAGCCAGAAACGGGGAGCUGUGAGCAGAGAGGGUCAGCAGUGCGGGACACCUGCGCACUCUACAACACCAGCACCCAGUGCCGAGCACUGAAGUCCCACACGGAGGAGCCUCCACGAUCCCAUAGCAAGGAGCCAGUGACACACUCCACAAGGACCACCACCACCAGCGCCCCGCUGACGGGCAGCCCCGAGUUCCACCCGCCCGGCUUCGACACGGCGAGUUUCAUCGGGGGCAUCGUGCUGGUGCUGUGCGUCCAGGCCGUCGCCUUCUUCAUCAUCAAGUUCAUCAAAUCCAAGGACAGCACCUACCAAACUCUGAUCUGAGGUCCCCGAGCCUCCAGGCUGGGGGGGUCGCUGGCCCCGUCCUCCCCGGGUGAAGAGGCCCCUGCUGGGGUCACCUUUCCACGGCCGGACCGUCCCCCUGCACGGCCACACCACGACUAUGCAAAGCUGGGG